GCGCUUGUCAUGCCUCCCCACCCCCACCUCCCAUCUGAGCGCAGAGGUCUCCGCUGCCUUCUAUAUUUAACUCAAACUAGAGACCGGCAGAGCUGCGUGAAGCCUCUCUGUGCGCGUGUGUGUUUGUGUGUGUGCGCGCGCGCGCGUUCUUAUGGAGUUGCUCUGAACUACGCUACGACCUCUCGGUUUCGCUUCGCGCGUCGGACAAGACUUCAGUGAAGAGGUAAGAAGGAUGUCAGCGGAGAGAGAAACUAAAUCAUGUAAACAAAUGUGCACUUCGGGAGUAGCGGGCACACGUUGCUGUGCGCCACUUCGUGCGUAAAAAUAAACUUGUGCUGUGCGUAAACAUCACAAUACGCGGUGGUGGAGAAGUGCGCUCCUCGGAAAUCAAUAACUUCCAUCCCUGUUCUGGUGCAGCGGACCGACCGAUGUAUGUGUUUAUGUAUUUAUGUAUAUUUAUAUUGAGUGCCGCGCUGUCCCAGCUGGUUCCGUUGAGCAUUUCUGUAUAUUGCAAGGUCAAAUAUGAGGUAAGUAUGCGCUUUAGUUCUCGUUAUGAUUCCAUAGCUGGUAGGAUCUAUUUAUUAGAAGCAUGGCCAUCAUGUCCCGUUUUGUAUUAUAUGUUGACGUAUUUGCUCAUUUAACCCCGGCGCCCAACGCAUUCCAGGUAUAAACUCGUUUUAGGGCGGUGGGGGUUCAGCUGGACUCUCCUCGCUCUCUCUUUUUAUCUCAAGACUAACACGACCGGUCAAGUGCGCGUCCCCACAGUUAAGCUACGUGUGUGUCCUUGAGACUGUUAAAAGUCUAGGUCAGAUGUCAUGUGUUUCUGGUCGGGUAAACAACACCAGGUGGUAUUAUGUUUUACAGUACCCUCCAGAUGACCCUGUGACUCCUUCUAAGACUGCUGAUGUAUAAACUUUCCCUUUUAAAUCAAACGCUUUUGUCCCCUGACUGACUGCAGGUAAAUAAAUAAAUAAAGCAGAGGCGGGCAGCUGCCUCCGGCCCCCACCAGGACAUGGAGGGACUCUACUUUGAAGUGAAGCCCAGGAGGGACGUGUCCUCCGGGCCGGGGAACGCUGAGAAGCCCGCUCCCAAAAUAACUUUGACCCGCCACUUAUGUCCAUCCCUUCCACACCUGGCCUCUUCCGCACCCUGUCCUCCGAAGCCCUCUCCUGUGAGGAAGAGGAGGAUAGCAACGUCGGGAGAAAAUGUAGAGGAGGAGGAGGAAGAGGAAGAAGUACGAUACAAACUGACGUUGAUCGGCUCUCUGCCUGUCCACCAGCUGACCACCAUGGCCAUGCUGCCCUGGGUGGUGGCUGAGAUCAGCAAGUCCGCGGAAAAGAGUCCGGGAGCCGGGUCCGGGGGACACCCGGGCCCCUCCGCCCACAAUCAGACGGUGCUUCUGUGCGUGUCGGCGUCGCGGGUGCGCUGCGUCACUGUCCUGGGAGAGGGGGUUGUCUGGGACCCCCUGACAUGCACCGUGCUGCUCGAGUGCAGCCCCCACCAAGUGACCAAGCUGAUUCACAACAGCCAGGAGCCCAGCAGCUUUGGCUGCCUGGUCAGAGGCGCUCCGAGCUGCUCCUGCUACGUCUUCCGGUGCCAGGAGAGCACCAAGGUUCCUGAGAUCAUCAGUACGUUGAGGCAGGCCGGCAAGAGCUCGGCGCGCCGCGGUGACGUCGCCUCCGUUUCCAUCAAAACGUCGUCGGGAGGCGACGAUGCACCGGACACGUGUCUUAAGUCCCUCUCCGCGAUGGCGACCUCCGCGGCAGCCUCGGCUGCCAUGUCUCCGACAGCCUUUGCUAAAAGGUUCGAGGUGCUGCUUUGCGGCCGCGCAAGUGUCGCUCACAAGAAGGCCCCCCCCGCCCUCAUCGACGAGUGCAUCGAGAAGUUCGGCCAGCUUAAUGGCUCGGGGGCGAGCAACAAAGGUGGUGGUGGCAGGUCGGCAGUCGGGCUAAAGAGGGCAUUGGCCUUUCAAUCCAACGGACGCGGCGACGUUGGGGACGUUGGGGACGUUGGGGACGUUGGUGACGGCGCCGCGGGGAGCCCAAUCGCUGGGAAACGUCCCAUGCUGUUCAAAAGGGACCCCAGCUUCCCCUGUCUGCAGGCCCUGGAUGAGAAUGGUCUCUCACCUGAGAUCUCUCACACCAACACUACUGAUGCACACGCCCACUCCGCCGGAGUACAGCCCACCAGCCUGCAGGAGAACAGGACCAUGCUGUUUAUGGUGGGCCGGUCUCAGAUCUUCUUGGUCAGUCCAGACACAAAGAAAGUUGCCAUAGAGAAGAGUUUCAAAGAGAUCUCCUUCUGCUCACAGGGUAUCCAUCACGUGGAUCACUUCGGCUUCAUUUGCAGGGAGACGGUGGAAGGAGGAAGCUGCCACUUUGUGUGCUACAUUUUCCAGUGCACCGACGAAUCGCUGGUAGAUGAGAUCAUGCUGACUUUAAAGCAGGCGUUCUCUGUGGCUGCCCUGCAACAGAAUGCGAAGACCCAGAGCCAGCAGUGUGACGGGUGCCCUAUGCAGCACCUUCACAGACUGUGUGAGAGGGUAGAAGGUCUGCACCCAUCUAAAACCAAGCUGGAGCUCCAGAGACACCUGGCCACUCUGGACAACCAGGAGCAAGCGGCAGUCUUUGAAAACACCAUGAGGGCUCGUCCUAAGAGCGACCAGGAAGAGAAUGAGUUGCUGAUGGCCUCUUUGAGGGGCCUGUAUGAGGAAAGGCAGAAGAGCCAUCAUCACACUCAGCCUGGAGACAGCAAACAGGUGUGUGAGGAGGCAGCAGCUCCAGCCCCGGUGGAAUCACAGCAGAGUAGCAGUCGGCAGCGACUCGAGCAGUUCAAGAGUCGAGCCAAGCGCUCGCUCACCGAGUCCCUGGAGGGAAUCUGGAAGGGGAGCAGCAAGGCCCGAGCUCAGAAAGAUAACAGUGUAGGAAGUGACAGCGGCUCUUCCUUUUGUUCGGUCAAUGGCAGCCAGGACCAGCCUUGUCUAGAUGACCCCUUGCCCGCCUCCUCCCAGCUGCGACCCACCAGCCCACUCAGGUGUCACAACUCAACGGGGGACCUGAAACGCCUCGACUCCUCCCUCCCCCUGUCCCCCUCUGCUUCCUCUCAACCUGGGGACGCUCAGCCUCAGGGCUUCCGCCGGCGGGCUAGCACCUUCAGCCACCCACCCACACCUUCCUCAGCAGAAAGCCCGCCGCUGCAUGCACUGACCCGCACGCCGCAGGACCCCACUGCAGCCAGCAAGCCCAAGCUAGUACGACACUACUCCGUCAGCACCGACACGCCGCACCAGAGCAAAAAUCUGCCGACCGACUCCACCCUUCCUCCUGUUUCUCCCUGCCCCUCAUCUCCCUCUCCUCUCCCUCAUCAUCCUAAACGACGUGAUGUAGCAGCUCUGUCUUCGCCGACUGCAGCAUGUGGCGUAGGGGAAAGCCCUCUACGCAGCCACCGUCACUCGUGGAGGCAGCAGAUCUUCCUGCGGGUCGCCACACCGCAGAAGAAUACAGACGCCAAUGAGAGGGGGGACCCCUGUCUCGAGGGGGGCCGACUGUGCGCUGGCCAGGUGGGACUCGGAGGAAGUGGGGACUCGUCUAUACGGGCGGUGCCCGAGGAGAGAACGAGAAGGAGCAGAGAGGAGCUGAGGGAGCUCUGGAGGAAGGCCAUCCUGCAGCAGAUCCUGCUGCAGAGGAUGGAGACGGAGAACCAGAAGCUACAGGCCACAGAGAGCGAUCUGCAGAACAAGCGCCUGAAGCUGGACUACGACGAAAUCACCCCGUGUCUGAAGGAGGUCACUCUGGUGUGGGAGAAGAUGCUGGGAACUCCUGCGAGGGCAAAGGUCAAGUUUGACACAGAGACCAUCCACGCUUCUGUUGCACAAGGCGUCCCGAGGCAGCAUCGGGGAGAGAUCUGGAAGUUUCUUUCCGAACAAUACCUGCUCAGGCAGACGGUCCCGUCCCGCCCGCCCGCCAAUCCCACUCCGUACAAAGAGCUGCUGAAGCAGCUGACCUCACAGCAGCACGCCAUCCUCAUAGAUCUGGGUCGUACCUUUCCCACUCAUCCAUAUUUCCAAGCACAGCUGGGGGCAGGACAGCUGUCUCUGUAUAAUUUACUGAAGGCCUACUCACUGCUGGACCCCGAGGUGGGCUACUGCCAGGGCCUGUCCUUCAUUGCUGGAGUGCUGCUGUUACACAUGGGGGAGGAGGACGCCUUCAACAUGCUCAAAUUUCUCAUGUAUGACGUGGGGCUCCGCAAACAGUACAGGCCUGACAUGAUUAUCCUGCAGAUUCACAUGUACCAGCUGUCGCGGCUGCUCCACGACUACCACAGGGACCUUUACGUCCACCUGGAGCAGCAGGAGAUCGGACCCAGCUUGUACGCCACCCCCUGGUUCCUCGCCGCCUUCGCCUCGCACUUCCCCCUCGGCUUUGUGGCCAGAGUCUUCGAUAUGUUGUUCCUGCAGGGGUCAGAGGUCAUCUUCAAGGUGGCCUUGAGCCUGCUGGGGAGCCAUAAGCCGUUGAUCCUGCAGCACGAGAGCCUGGAGUCCAUAGUGGACUUCAUCAAGACCACGCUGCCCAACCUGGGUCUGGUGCAGAUGGAAAAAACCAUCAACCAGGUGUGUCAGAUGGACAUGUCCAAGCAGCUCCAGGCCUACGAGGUGGAGUACCACGUCCUGCAGGACGAGCUGCUGGACACGCCCCCGACCCUCAACCAGCAGCAGCGAACCGCGCACCUGGAGAGGACCAAUCAGAGCCUCCGGCAGCAGAACCUCGACCUGCUUGAGGAGCUGCAGGUGUCGCACGCUCGCGUCUGCAGCCUGGAGAGUCGAGUGGAGGCGGCGGCCCAGUCGGAGGGCCGGCUGAGGGAGCAGGUAUCCGCGCUGGAGAGGGAGAAGAAGCAGCUAGCGAGCACCGCCGCGCGCAUCCGGGACCUCCUCGCCGGCCUCGGCAUCCACACCACCCCCGACGGGCGCACGCUCCCGCCGCCCCCUGGAAGACGUGCAAAACCGGACGCCGGCGAGGGGCCGGCGAUCAUGACUGCAGACUGCCUUCGCCACCCUCCGGUGUUUCCAGAGAGCUCUUAACCGAAACCGAAUCAUUUCCCAAAUGGUUAAGGGUCGAGCGGAGGAUGGCGUUCCCUACCUCGACCUUUGUCCUCUCCCCGGCUCCAGAAUGUUUUUGUUUUCUUAAAGAGUAAACUGGACCUGGAAAAGAAAAGAAUUGAAAGAAAAACAAAGGUUGGCACCCUUGAGUGUUUUAUCCUAAAGUGCCCACUUCCUGCUCUCUAACAUAAAUACUAAUGAACAUGUGAUUCGAACAACGACCCAGAAGGUAGCACUGACCCACUGGGCCUCUCCUGCAAGAACAACUGUUCCAUUUGCACUUGAACUCGUACGUAUGUCUGCGUCUCUGGACGUCUGUCGCAUGUGUUUUAUGCUCGUGUGUCGGAUGCAUUCAGGCUAACAAAGCCAAAGAAUGUCCUUAUUAUUAUAAAACAAGCUUGAACAAAGAUUCAGAUCUGACACGUUUCUCAUUGAGAUUUAAAAGAUGAGUGAUACAAAGAUGUUUCCAAAGAAAGUAGUGAGGAAAGAAAGUCAGACGGGUGAAGGAAUAAACUUCAUGACAGUGUUUUUUAUUAUAAAUGUUGAAUAGACAUAGGCUAAAUUAUAUCCAAUCCAGGACAGCGGUGCUCAUAUUCCGAGGUUAAGGGUGAGCCGUUUCUUGAUGAUUGUUUUUCCUCCGUAUUUCCGAUCUUCCUCUGUUGCGUUCUCCAGAUCUUGUGCCUUCUGAACUUUAGUCCCAGUCGCAGUUGCAGGAAGAGUGGCCCAACAAAUCUAAAUCCAGUCCACUUCCCGUCUUUUCGCCCUUUGGACACACGACGACGUCGAAAGGGAAAUGGAUGUUUCAGCAAAAGAAGAAAAAUAACCCAGUCGCUGUGCCGUCCCCUUGUGAGGGGGAAGUACAGACUUUUACACAUCAAUUGAUUUCAACUGCUUCAAAACACACUUCUGUCUGAAACUUCAAAGGAGGAAACCUCCGCCGCUGAGACGAUCUGUCAACUAGGAUCCGUUUAUCUGUUCAAUGCACUGAAGUCCUUCGACACCAAAGUGCAGCCCGGUGUGUUCCUGUUCAUAAACGUGUGUGUUGUGCACUUGACUGAUGUUGAUCUACACUGUAAAGAAAUUAAUCUUUUACUCCUGACUCUUGCACAAGUGAUCAAUGCUGUUAUGUCAUCCUGUACUUUAAAAAUACAUUUCAUAUCCUUUC